AAACUUGAAAAGGAAAUAAAUGAGUUGAAAUAUGGGAAAGUUGAGAAGACCGAGGAAUGCGAACCAGUCAAAAAGGUGAGCGAACUUGAUACGAGAAAUAACGCUAAUGAGCUGGGUAGAGGAGGUAGUGAUAACGAAUUGAGUAUGGGAGGUCCUGAUAUUGGAGAUGAUGCUGACAAACUGAGUGCCGGCGAUAAUGCCAAAGGACUGGGUAUGGGAGGCAUUGGAAAUCAACAGGAUACGGAGGACAACCUUAAAGAACUGGAGUCGGAGGUGGGUAAAAAACUGCAUGCGCAAGAUGGUGAUAAAGAAUUGAACACGGAAAAUGAUGUUAACGAACUGAACCUAGAGAAUGAUAGCAAAAAAUUGAACACGGAAAACGAUGUUAACGAACUGAGCCCAGAGGAUGAUGGCAUAAAAUUGAACACGGAAAAUGAUGUUAACGAACUAUACCCAGAGGAUGAUGGCAAAAAAUUGAACACGGAAAAUGAUGUUAACGAACUAAACCCAGAUAAUGAUGGCAAAAAAUUGAACACGGAAAAUGAUGUUAACGAACUGAACCCAGAGGAUGAUAGCAAAAAAUUGAACACGGAAAAUGAUGUUAACGAACUGUACCCAGAGGAUGAUGGCAUAAAAUUGAACACGGAAAAUGAUGCUAACGAACUGUACUCAGAGGAUGAUGGCAAAAAAUUGAACACGGAAAAUGGUGUUAACGAACUGAGCCCAGAGGAUGAUGGCAUAAAAUUGAACACAGAAAAUGAUGUUAACGAACUGUACCCAGAGGAUGAUGCUAAAAAAUUGAACACGGAAAAUGGUGUUAAUAAACUGAGCCCAGAAGAUGAUGGCAUAAAAUUGAACACAGAAAAUGAUGUUAACGAACUGUACCCAGAGGAUGAUGCCAAAAAAUUGAACAUGGGAAAUGAUGUUAACGAACCAAAGGUGGGAAACGAUGAUAAAGAAUUGAACAUGGAAAACAAUGUUAACAAACUGAACCCAGAGGAUGAUAGUAAAGAAUUUAACACGGAAAAUGUUAACGAAUUGAAAGUGGAAGACAGAGAUAAAGAGUUGAACAUGGGAAAUGAUGCUAACGAACUGAACCCGGAAGAUGAUGACAAAGAAUUCAACACGGGAAGUGAUGUUGGUAAACUGAACCCGGAAGGUUGUGAUGUCAAUGGAUUACACCCGGGAGAUGAUGUCAACGAACCAAGCACCGAGAAUAUUGAUGAAGAAUUGAACACGAUGAAUGGUACACACGAAAUAAAUAAUGCACUUGAUACUCAAGAACUGAACACAGAAGGUAACGCUCAUAGAUUAGAUAUGGAAAACAUUAAAGAGGAUAACGAUAAUGAUUACGAAAUUAUUUCUCGAGUUUCAUUAUCCCCAUCGGAAGACAAAGACCAAGGGACAUUAUUGAUAACGGAUUCACAUAAAGAAAACGAAGAAUUGGAAGAGGAUAUGAUAGAAAUUAAGAAAGAGGAAAUCCUUGAGGAUAUUAUAUCAGUGCCGUCGAUUUCGACAACGGUGCCUGAAGUCCACACCAAGGAUAGUCAGGAGUCAUCAAUUUCAAUAUCUUCUGUUGAC